AUGGAAAAACCGCGUCCGCACCAGGAAGAUUGUGGUUUGGGCUUGAAAUUGCAAGACAAUCCCUAUCGAUAUUUGAUGCGAUCUUGUUGCCGAGAAGACUGUGGUUUCUUGCUUGAAAUUACCGGACAGUCCCUCUCGAUGUUUGAUGCCAUCUUGUUGCCGAGUCUCGGGUUGAAUCGAAUUGGCUUCGGAUACCGUCGGUCAGUUAAGCUUUUGCUGGACAAGGGGGCAUUUCCAACUCAUUCAAUGGAACAGAAUUUUGAGUUUGUGUUUGACUGGAAAGCAGGUGAAUAUAGAGCUGGAAAACUACUGAAUAUAGAGGUUGACCAUAUAAUGGAUUACGUAUUUGCCUCGUCUGAGGGAGCACCUAAAGCUUUGGCUGAUGUGGUAAAGCUUGUAACUGGUGACUGCCGCCUUCAAUUAAAGGAUAUUUUUAGUAUGUCAUCCCACCUAGUUGCAGAGCUGUCCAAGGAAUGUGAACAACUCAAGGACUUCCUCUUUUGCUAUGUUGAUGUUAGGGAUGUGGCUUUGUUGCUGACUUUGAAAACUUGCGGUAGGGACUUACUAAACAAUUCUGCAGCAUUGGUUUCUAACCUUGGUGAAGGACUUUUUGCAUCAGUUAGAUAUGCUGCUGCUUUUGCUGGACAAGGGGGCAUUCCCAACUCGUUGUAUGUUGUGAUAGAUGAUGGGAUUUUUUCUGCAAGAGAAUUGCUCUCUCAUUUGGAUAUUUUUAUUAUGUCAUCCCACCUUGUUGCGGAGCUGUCCAAGGAAUGUGAACAACUCAAGGAGUUCCUCUUUUGCUAUGAUGUUAGGGAUGUGGCUUUGUUGCCGACUUUCAAAACUUGCAGUAGGUUUGAUCUGUUGUUCCAGAAGCUUUGUUUUUCACGUUCUGCAUAA